AUGGCCUAUUCUACGACUACCUCACCCACCCUGGAUGCCGACACCCAAUCCAACUUAAAACUUGCGACAUCUCUCCCUCAACCGACUUCUCUACAUCAUGUUGUCACAUCUUUACCAUCCGGCCCUCCCCCUUCUUCUUCCGCACCAUCUUUCACCUCUUCUCCGACCUCUACUCCCACUUCAUUCUUUCCUGCUCCCGGCACACCCUAUUCUUUCACCCCUGCUGGCACCCCCUUACAACCUGCCAACGAGGGAUUCUGUGGCCGAAUGAAUGGUUAUUCCCUGCCUACGCCAGGCCCCCUCGAACUCGGCGAGUCCAUCAUGACCAUUCCCGGAAACGCAAAUCCUUCCAGCUUGAAUGACCCUACUGUGUCCACCAAGGCGCCGGGCCUAAUGAGACGAAUCUCAAGAGGCGCUGCCAACAAGCUCACUCGUAGGAGGCAGUCUACGACCCAAAACGAGAAACGGGACCGAAGCACUGGUCCCAUCAUCAUGCGCCGGCGCAGUGAUAGCAAAACUGGCCCCCAACCUGUUCGAGAUAGCGCCCUUGAUUCGAGCAACGAGGAUGAAGCCGGCGAAGCCUUGGACAACCUGGGAGUAUGGGCUGGCUCGGAGGCAUCCAGUCUACGCAGCGAGAGUCGCAUGAAUAUGACUCGCGAAGCUGGUCCCCUGCCCACUGUUGCCGUCGCGCCCAAGGUAGACUCUGCUGUCCAGCGAGGCACAGUCCUAACCAAGGUAACUAAGAAACGCAGGAAGCAAGUUCGCUUCUUCCUAGACCUAGAUGCCGCCAAGGUUUUCUGGGACGUCUCCAACCCGGCCAAACGCUUCUAUAUCGAUGAUAUUAAAGAAAUUCGCGUCGGUGCCGACGCUCGCAACUACCGAGAAGAACAUCAGAUUCCCGAAGAUUUGGAGCGCCGAUGGUUCACCAUUGUCAUUGCGGAUUCUGAUCGCUCUAAGGGCCGAGCGGUUAAAACCUUGCACCUCAUCGCUCCUAGCGACCGUAUUCUUGACCUGUGGAUUACCACCCUUGAGCAUAUCUCUCAGUACAGAAUCGAUCUCAUGUCUGGCCUGGCAGGUUCAAGUCAAAGCGAAGCGGUUCUGCAGGCACACUGGCAGCGCGAGAUGACGAGACUCUUCCCACAGGGUCCUCCCCCAGUAGAGGAGCAAAGUCUCGACCUCGCUGCCGUGGAGAAGGUCUGCCGCAGCUUGCAUAUCAACUGUUCCAAGAACAUGCUUCGGGCACAGUUCACUAAAGCUGACGCUGCCUGUAACGGCAAGUUGAACUUCUCCGAAUUCAAGGACUUCCUUCUUCGUUUGAAGGAACGAAAGGACGUCAAAGAUAUCUUCAAGCUUCACACCGCCAAAUCGAAGGAAGGCAUGACUCAAGAGGAGUUUUUCACCUUCCUUCGUGAUGUGCAAAAUGAAGAUACCGAAUCCGACCGGGUCUACUGGGCUGCACUAUUCGACAAAUACGUUCGGCGGGCCUCUAAAUCUCGCACUCCUUCUGCAGAAGGAUCGGAGCUUCCUCCACCUGUGUCACGGAUGAACCUGGAUGCAUUCGCCGCGUUCUUGUCUUCGUCCAGCAAUGGUGUCUACGCUUCACGUGCUCCCCAGUCAAGAUUCGACCGGCCGUUGAACGAAUACUUCAUCUCGAGCUCUCACAACACCUAUCUCCUGGGCCGCCAGGUGGCUGGUGCAUCAAGCACCGAGGCUUACGUUAGCGCGCUUCAGCAGGGAUGUCGUUGCGUCGAGAUCGACUGCUGGGAUGGCGCAGAUGGACGCCCCAUCGUGUCUCACGGGCGGACUCUAACCACUAGUGUCCUUUUUGCGGAUUGCAUCACCGUCAUCAACCGAUAUGCUUUUAUCACAUGCGACUUCCCUCUCAUUCUUUCUCUUGAGGUGCACUGCAAUCCGGAACAGCAACUGGCAAUGGUCAAGAUCAUGAAGGAGGCAUUCAAGGAACGGCUUGUCCUUGAGCCCUUGAUGACUAACUGCCACAUCCUUCCCUCGCCCGAAGAGCUCAAGGGUCGUAUUCUAGUCAAAGUAAAGACUUGUGACGAGACCCAGUUUGAUCCCCGCCAAAAUACUGUCGGCUCCGUCGGCUCCGUCGGCACCCAUGGCCGCAAACGCAGUGCUAGUACGCCGUUUGUGCGACCGACGCUCCAUGAGACGAACACCCUGCCUCUUCCCCCACUCUCGAGUCCUCCUACAAUAGGUCCAGGCGACAGCAUCGGCCCUUUGAUCUCGCAGGAUAGGCGCUCGCUUACUGCUACAAGCAUGAGCAGUGCAACCGAAGACAGUGACGGAGCGCUAGUGUCUGUUCACACUGACAAAAAGAAAAAGCGACGCCAGAAAAGCAAGAUCACCAAGCCUCUUUCUGACUUGGGUGUCUACACCCGUGGAUACAAGUGGCACAGCUUCUCAUCUCCAGAGAGCAGACGGUACAAUCACAUAUACUCGUUUGCCGAACGGUCUUUUGAGAGCAUCUGUCAGAGUCACGACAACAAGGUUGCACUGGAAUCACACAACCGCAAGUACCUCACGCGGGUGUAUCCUUCUGGAUUCCGACUCCGUUCAUCCAACUUUGAUCCAAACAAGUUCUGGCGCCGUGGUGUGCAAAUGGCAGCGCUCAACUGGCAAACUUACGACAUCGGCAUGCAAAUGAACCAGGCUAUGUUCGCCGCUGGAACUGAUCGUACCGGCUACAUCCUCAAGCCCGAGAGUCUUCGCUUGCCGGGUGUUGAUGGAAAUCAGAAGCGCAAGAUGGAGCGCAAACUGGUCCGAUUCUCGGUUGACGUCGUCUCCGCACAACAACUCCCCCGUCCACGCACUAUCGGACAGGAAGAUAGCAUCAACCCUUACGUCGAGAUCGAGAUGUUCAGUGCCGAUGAUCGUGGCCAGAGCUUCGUCCUCGGCGAAGGUGGUAUGGAUGCCUCUGCGCGCAACGGUAUGUCCGGCAUCGGAUAUCCGCACCGUCGCCGCACCAAGAUCGAGCAAAGCAAUGGCUACAGCCCCGUUUUCAAUGACAAGUUCAAGUUGUCGCUAGAAACUAAAUAUCCCGAUCUUGUCUUUGUGCGAUGGACUGUCUGGAGCUCAAUGGAUGGCCGCAGUGCGGGCAAUAACAACAGCGUGCAGCUGGCCACUUUCACCGCCAAGCUCACCAGUCUGUCGCAAGGUUACCGCUACUUGCCUCUCUACGAUGCCAGCGGCGACCAGUACUUAUUCUCGACGCUUUUCUGCAAGAUCUCAAAGCAAGAUCCCAUCUCCGUUCAGCGUCUGGACCUCGAAGAACUCCGCGCCGAACGCAUGGGUAUUCUGCGUCACAUCGGCCAGACUGUCUUCAAGCGCUCAUCAUCGGCCGAGCGCGAAAGGGAUCAAGCACAGGAUCGCAGUGAUUCUCCAAGUCCUGAGGACAAGGAUGGCUCUCCUAACCUGACACCCAUUGUGUCAACAACGUCGAACUCAUCAUUCUUGCAAUGA